CAGUGCUUCCUACACCAACAAUUCUCGGUGGGCCUCCCACCAUCUCUCCUCGUUAUACUUCUCUUUCUUUGAUAGACCUUUUUUUUAUCCUUUUCCCUUCUUAUGCUGCUGAAAGCGAAGCACUACCCGCAAACCUUCCUUCGUUCUUUGGCUUUCCACCAGUCACUCUCCUACGUGAAGACAGCUUCACCAAAGUGCACCAGAAUACCCCAACACUUGGCUCGCCCAAGACUUCAACAUUGCUAUUCAGUACUCCCCCAUGAUGAGAAAAUGAUGGAAGUCGAUGAAGAGCAGUCUCCCAACAGCGGGAGUGCAGACUCCUCGCGGCCGGAGAGUCCUGCUACCGCCUCGACACCAUCACCAAUGAUCGAGGUCGAAGAAAAAAUUACCAUUCUCCCCACAGACAAGGCCCUGAAUGGCAAGCAAAAGGCUUCAAACAAGUCCAAAGAUGUUCCUCGAGUCCCGGACAUCAUCAAGCCUCGUGCCUACCAGCGAGAGAUGCUCGAGCAGAGCCUGAGGAGGAACGUCAUUGUUGCGAUGGAUACGGGAAGCGGAAAGACUCAAGUCGCCGUUCUUCGCAUUCAAGCGGAAAUCGACAGAUGUUCACCUAGCAAGCUUGUAUGGUUCUUGGGUAAGACCGUUGGCCUCGUUGAGCAACAGUAUAAUGUCAUCAAAGGACAAAUGCCAUCGGUGCCCAUGAGACUGCUUACGGGGCAGCUCAACAUCGAUGCAUGGUCGCCAGGGGUUUGGCCCCAAAUUCUCGAGGGCACUCGCAUCAUCGUAUCUACAUUCUCCAUCUUGCGUGAUGCUCUUGACCACGCCUUUGUCACAAUGGACAUGCUCGCUUUAAUAGUAGUUGACGAAGUCCAUAAUUGCGUCAAGAACAACCCUGGGCGGAUGAUCAUGAUGAACUUCUACCAUCGACACAAGAACGCGGGUAUGCCAGUACCAGCCAUACUUGGCUUGACUGCCAGUCCUAUUAUCUCAUCAGAUCUUAAGGAGAUCGAGAAACUAGAGAAUACGAUGGACGCUGUCUGUGUCACUCCGACCAUUCAUCGGGAGCAACUGCUAAAGCAUAUCAACAAGCCUCACCUCGUUCGCUCACUCUACAAUGUUACGAAGAUCCCUCCCCGUACGCCACUAAUGCAACAACUGCAAUCAGAAUACUUGAAUAUGGAUAUUGCAAAGGAUCCUGAGGUUCUUAAGUUAAAGGCUCUUGUCGCUGAUGAUGAAAAGAAGCGGGAAAAGUUAAUGAACCUGGUUAUGAAGCAUGACACGUUCUCGCAACAGCAAAUCAAGGGCCUCUGGAACAAGAGCAGAGAAAUCCUUGCCGAACUUGGCAGCUGGGCAGCAGACUAUUACAUUUCACAGAUGAUCAAGAACUUCCUUGUCAGAAUCGACGGGAACAUCACUUUCACCGAUGCAUGGUCCAACGAGGACAGGACCUAUCUUGCAGGACACUUGCGCCGAAUCAACAUCGGUGUCAUUGACAACUCGCCACCAACCGAGCAAACCGUGUCGCACAAAACUAGCCGCCUGAUCCAUGAGCUUCUUGAGGCCAAGGACGAUGCAGUUGGAAUCAUUUUUGUCAAGGAACGAACUGCAGCGCAUACGCUUUGCAAGCUUCUUAACAACUACCCCCCUAUCCGAGACCGUUACAAAGUCGGUGCAAUAGUCGGGGCUUCGAGCUACGGACUCCAGAAACAAAAGGUCUAUGAGUACCCCAUUGAUACUGACAAAGUACUCGAGGAUUUUAGAUCAGGGGCUAUCGAUCUCCUGGUGGCUACCAGUGUUCUAGAAGAAGGCAUUGAUAUUCCCGCAUGCAACCUAGUUGUGUCCUUCGACGAGAUCGCUACCCUCAAGUCAUUUAUCCAGCGCCGUGGACGAGCUCGCAUGCCGGAAUCCAAGAUGAUAGCCUUACUAAGCUCAAGUGCAGACACCCGCGCCUGGGAAGACCUGGAAAUAGGCAUGAAGGAACGUUAUGAAGAUGACCAGCGAGAGUUGGAUCGAUUGAAUAAACAGGCAUGGGCUGAGGAUAUUGAUUCUACCUACUAUAUCGUGAGGAGCACAGGAGCACGGCUCGACCUCCACAAUGCUCGACAACACUUGGAUCGCUUUUGCAGGGUUGUUUUUCGCUCGGAUUAUAUCACCCAGCUCCCUGAAUACGUCUUCCACAAAGAAGAGACUCCAUACGGUGGACCGAUCUUGAGAGCUACGGUCACUUUGCCCGGAGGGUUACCGCUGGAUCUUCGCACGUUCAAAAGUGCUUGCGGAUGGAAGUCUGAACGCAAUGCUAUCAGAGAUGCCGCUUUUCAGGCAUACGUCGCUUUGUACGAAGCUGGGCUGGUCACAGAUAACCUUGCCCCCAUCAAUGCUAAGUCAGAGAAGGUGGAAGAAAAAAUAGACCUGAUACCGGAGCCCCUAUUCGACCCCUGGAUCCAGAUCGCCCAACGCUGGAAGUCGGAUUGUGACAAGCAAGCCUACUUGUUCCAUUUUACCGAUGACGAGUUUGAACGCCCUUGUCCAUUUUACGUCAUUUUACCUGCUCUAAUUGACUUGCCUCGAAAUAUCACGUUAUAUCCUGGCAAUGGCCUUGAGUGGUCUAUUGUAUGCUGUUCGGUCGACGAUAUACCCGAUGAGGUAUCUUCAAACGAUCCUGACAUAACUUCGGCUCUCUUGGCGAUGAACUUUCAGUACCGCUGGACGGUCGAAGAUCGCGAGCAUGUCAUCAAGAUGUCCUUGGAGAGUACAUCCAUCUUCCCUCCCCCUCACGUCACCCGGGAUUGCAUGGCUGCAUAUCCCUUCCGCGGAGCAGGGGAAGAACAGGCCAAGAAGCACAGAGUUCUUGUGCGGGACCAACUUAACAAGCCGUUUCACUACGUCCGCACGAUUCCGUCAAAACCUGGAAAGGGCGAUGUGCAACACCCAUUCUAUCAGUAUGAUGACGCAGAAGAGCAUGAGGAGUAUCUGGUUCUGGAAACAUGGGGUGCCCGAAACGAUUUACUUCAUGUUUUAAAAGAUGUUCAGCCCAAGUCAAGCACUAAGCCGUACGAAUAUGUGCUUCCCAUUUCUCAAGCCCGUGUUGAUAAGGUCGGAAGACGAGUCGUCAAGUGCGGUCUGUUCAUUCCGCAUAUCAUACAUGAGCUAGAGGUGCAUCUUAUUGCUUCUGAAUUAUUGUCUACACUUCUGAAGCCAAUUGGCAUCGAGAAUUUGCAGUUGGUGCUCGAGGCCAUAAGCUCACCUAGUGCUUGUGAGCCUAUUGACUACCAGAGACUUGAACUUUUGGGCGAUUCGAUUUUGAAGUUUUGCGCCGUCACUCAGGCUUAUUCUGAGCACCCGACCUGGCCCGAAGGCCUUCUCAACCAUUUCAAAGAUCGACUCGUAUCCAACGCACGUCUCCAACGAGUGUGUCUUGAGAAAGGUCUCUCAAAGUUCAUUCUUUCCAAGAGUUUCACCGCCUUGAGAUGGAGGCCGCUCUAUCUUGACGACGUUCACAAAGAAAAGUUUCCCCCUCGACCCGCACCAACUCGAGGAUCAAAGACCUUGGCGGAUGUUGUAGAGGCACUUAUCGGUGCCUCUUAUCAAGACGGAGGGAUGACAAAGGCCCUUAAAUGCAUUUCAGUCUUUUUGGGCGACAAUUGCAACUGGCAUCAAGAGGGUGUGGCUAGAGACAUUCUCUUUGCUGCAGCUCCUAGUGACGUCAAGCUUCCCAGUAUCCUUGAACCCCUGGAAGACCUGGUCAAGUAUACGUUCAAGAAGAAGUCUCUGCUGAUCGAAGCAGUUACUCAUGCUUCAUAUGCUACAACCAUGCAGGAAAGAUCCUACGAGCAGCUCGAGUUUCUGGGGGAUGCUGUCCUGGAUUAUAUCGUUGUCACCAAAAUGUUUCAGCACGAUCCACCAAUUUCCACUGGUCGCCUUCAUAUGAUCAAAACGGCCAUUGUUAAUGGAGAGUUCCUUUCAUUUGUGAAUCUAAUCAACUCUAUCCAACGAGAAGACUUGGAAGUUGACACCAACGGUAAACUUGAAACCAAAACUACAGCACUUCCACUUUGGAAGUUCGUGAGGUUUAAUUCUUCCGAAAUGGCAAAUGCCAUGGUAAAAACGGAAGAGAGAUUCGAGUCCAUGCGAGAGGAACUUACCACGGCUUUGUGGAGUGAUGGGCACGAACCCAGCGGUGAUGGCCCAUACCCUUGGGUACUCCUCGCACGCCUUCAGCCCCCCAAGUUUUAUUCGGAUAUGUUUGAAGCUAUUCUCGGUGCCGUAUGGGUCGACUCUGGGUCGAUUGAAGAAUGCACGCGUGUUCUUGAAAGAUUUCAGGUAAUGAAAUAUCUGGAGUUUGUUUUGAAGAACGACAUACACGUUCAGCAUCCCAAAGAGCAACUCUCCAAGUUCGCUUUUGCAACGAAAAUGAAAUACACCACAACCGAGAUCAAAGAGCCCGAGCCUCAAUGGAGUUGUGAACUCACAAUUGGAGAGCGUUUGGUAGCAGAAGUUGAAGGUUCUCUCAACAAAGUUGAAGCUAUGGCCAAAGCUGCGGAGCAGGCGAUUCGACUUUUGACAGGAGAGAUGAAUGCAGUCAAUCAGCAACAAGAUGCCAUGGACACCUCGUAGGAUGGGGAUAAGGAACGCGCCUCGCUGAGAGAUGAUCUUGCACAGAAACAGGACGAGGUCUCAGCCGAUACUUUGCCAGAGAAUGAGUCCAUCGCUUAUCCAAUUGAAGGCACCCUAAACCGGCAAUCCGGAGGACAAGGAUCCGGUCGUUCUUUCAAAGAGAGAGAACAAGACGAAGUCGUUGAUUGAGUCACCCAAGAACGAGAGACCGAAGCAUUUGGCCGCCCACCCAAAGGAAGCGGGUUUAGCUCGUGGACCCAUAGAGGAAGAUUUGAUCGAUUUCUCGGAGGAUGAGAUGUCAGUCGACCACCCAAAGGAAGUAAAUUUAGGCUAUCAUUUCAUGGAGGAGGAUUUGAUUGAGUUCUCAGACGAUGAGACGUUGGACGACCAUCCAAGUAAAAAGACACCAGAUGAUGUUUCAGAAGAUCCCGAGAUUUUGAGGCAAGAGGAUUCUGGAACUCAUUUGGAGAAGGUAGAUCAAGAAGGAUAAGACUAGACAUUGCUUGCAGAUACCUAGAUAGAUACCCUAGCUCGUCUAUACUUGCUUUCCAAGUUCUUCUAAGAUCGUGUUUACUGUCCAC